AGGUAGUUCAUGAAUGAGGAGGUCACAAGGAGGUCAUCAUCACUAUCAUCAUGAUACACGAUCUCAGUAAACCACUUCUACUAAUGACAUAAAAACAAAAACCUAAAAAAUUUUGGUCCCUGAUUUGGUCUCAAAAAAGAAGUAAAACAAAUAUCAAAAUUCGUCUGAAAUGGGCUGUUUCGGUGGUAGCAAGUCGAAGAAAGUGCAACCCUCCUCUCAAACUAAAAAAUGUCAGAAAACCAAACCAAAACCAUGGUCCGAAAGUGACUGGAAAAAGCACGGCCACUAUCUGAGUCAACUAUCCGUCCCGAAGAAAAACUAUGCCGAGGAGAGACUUUACCAAACUCCGCAACCCCGAAAAGUUCCGCUAAGCGUCCUGAAACCCCGCAUGGAAACCUUGUCCCGACCAAAGGCGGUCAUCCCCUCCAAGCACGACUGUCCGGUGGCACCGGGCAAAUGUCACUGCCACGUUGCCGACCCGAUCCGAAGGGUACCGGCCCGGGCCAAAAGCUACGUCGCCACCCAACGGAUCAACAGCCUCAGCCAGCCGAAGCUCGACUACCAGGAAAUGAUGCGCUGCUUCCCGAUGCAGAGGGUGAUGUGCCUGAACAAGCGGGUCCUUACGCCACGGUCCGCCUAUCGGAUCAAGAAGCUGGCGAUGCCCAAGUAUCAGCACCUGUGCACACCGGAAAGCAACCCGUACGGAGUGAAACCGGAAGCCCUGCUCGCCAUGGCCAGCCCCCGUACGGUGGCACUUGCACAGCCGAAAAGUUUAUCCUGGGCGAACUGAGCGUGACUCGCGGACAAACUAACGACAGUGUUUAAAAUACAUCAUUUGUCAUUCCAACGAGAUAAAUGCAAUUUGUUGUACUUUGUGCACUUCUUUAGCA